AUGGAAUACCUGUCUCGGCUGCUUCAACUUGGAUCUAUGCAACCUGCUUUUCGGUUCCACCCAAUGUGUAAAAGUCUCAAAAUCAUCAACUUAUGCUUUGCUGAUGAUUUAGUGAUAUUUUUCAAAGCUAACUAUGGCUCUGUUCAAAUUAUAAAACAGGUGUUUGAUGAUUUUUACAACAGUUCGGGUAUGAAGGCUAAUCUCAGUAAGUCUCAAGUGUUUUUUGGUGGCUUAUCUGCUCAAGAUAAGGCUCAGUUACAGGAAGUUCUCCAUCUUGAGGAAGGCUCUUUUCCCCUCAAAUAUCUUGGGAUUCCUAUGCGUCCUACUAAAUGGAAAGAGGCUGACUGUGGUGAAAUUUUGAAAACAAUUAAGCUUCGUCUUCACACUUGGUCUAGUAGGCAUUUAUCUUAUGCAGGUAAGGUUCAGCUUAUUACCUCAGUUCUUCUAGGGCUGCGUAACUAUUGGAUGAAUAUUUUCUUAUUGCCUCACAGUGUUAUAAAAGAAGUUGACAAACUAUGCAUGUGGUUUCUUUGGGGCAACAAUGGGUCCAGGAGUAACUUCCAUCUCACUUCCUGGUCUAAAGUUUGUUUGCCGAAAUCUCUUGGAGUAUUGGGCUUUGGUGAAGGAUCUAAAUGGAACAAGGCCAUGCUUGGGAAAUUUAUUUGGGCAAUAAACCAUCAACAGGAGACUUUAUGGGAGGAUAUUGUUAAUGCUAGUAGUCAUGGGAAGUUUAAAAUUGGACUGUUGUAUGCUAGGCUUAUAUACCAAGCUCUUGCCAAAUAUCAUCAAUUUGUUUGGAGCCGAAUGAGUGUUCCCAAGCAUAAAUUCAUCACAUGGCAAGCUGUUAACUCUAAGCUCUUAACCAGAGAUCAUCUUCUUCGAGUUUUUAUGGUUCUUGACUCUGUUUUGUGCCCAGUUUGUGAGCUGGUUGAUGAAAGCCACAACCACUUGUUUUUUGAGUGCUUGUUUUCCCAGCAGGUGGUUCGGCUGAUUCAGGAAUAG